UGCGUUUCCUGCCGGAAGACUUUAGCAGGAGUACCAGGUCAGAGCUAACACCGUAGAAUGUAAGCUAACGCGCACAGAGAGCUUCUCUCUAUACAGGUCUCUGAACUGGUUAAGAAUAAAUUGAGUGUAUGUGUUCAGCAUGUGUAUCCGGACAUGUGGCUCUGUGUAGCGGAUUAUAUUCAGCAGAAUCACUGUUUAGCUCACAAACAGAGACUGUCCCGUUUGCUAGCAUUGGCUCACAUUAGCUGCUCCUCAUUAACAUGUCCUGUGUGCAGCGCUGCUUUGAAGGAGUGUAGAUACAGCGUGUUUUGCUUUUGUGCAUCAGCUGGUUUAAAAACGUUGGUACAUUUCAUCUAUGUCCAGUCAGAGCUCUGUCUGUGAGUAAUUUGAAUGCAGUCCAACUGCUAAAACACAAAAAGCAGCAGGUGAAUCACUCACAAGUCAUGAAGGAGGUUUUAAGGAAGGUGCACAGCAUCUUUUUAAAGAUCGUCCUGUUACCGAGCACACUUGGCAGGACAGGCCCUCGACCGGCUGCCUCGGAGGUGCUGACCUGCCACCUGCUGCAGCGGAAACUCCCACCGUGGACCUCAUACUGUGUCCGCUACAGCUCCGUUCACAAUGACCAGUUUGGACUGUCAAACUUUAACUGGAGUGUCCAGGGAUCGAACUAUCAGAUACUGAGGACAGGCUGCUUCCCCUUUAUAAAGUAUCACUGUACCAAAGCGCCUCCACAGAACCUGGACUUUGAGGACAAGUUUUUCACCAUGUUGAAAGCUCUUAAUCUGGGCAUCCCAUGUUUGGCCUACGGCAUUGGUUGCUGGAUGGUGGUGGGAGCUCAGGAAACAGUGCAGACAAGUGCUGGACCUGUCACCGUCUAUUUCGCCUACAAAGAAGACGAAGGCGCACAGCACUAAACUGUGAACAAAGCACUAUUUUUAUUAUUAGAGUGUUUUCAAGACACUCUUCUCGUCCAAGUUGCUGUAUUUAUAAGUGAUGUUCAGGUGGACCUACUGACACAAGUGUCAUCUUGUGUCACCGGUGCCCCUGUUGUCUAACUGCACAGGUUCAUUUGUGUUUAAUUAUUUAAGGUUUAAAAGUUGCAGCACAGGAGUCAGUUAUGCAUGUUAUUACACUGACAUACAAUACUGACAGUGUUUGUUCGGAAAGCUAACUUUCCAUUAAAGAUUAAUGGAAAGUUUAGGAUUUCUCGAAGAAUAGACUGUUUGACACGGCGUCUUUUCCUGGAUGUUUUCAUGGUGAUGUUGAGGAACAUCUCCAGUGCAUGUGUCCUCAGAGUCAGUACACUGUAAAAGUAUAUUUUUGCAACAGAUAUUAAAGUGUAUGAAAUGACAGAUGUUUAGAUGUUUUUUUAAAGAUAUUUUUUGGGCAUUUUUAAGCCUUUAAUUGACAUGACAGACAAGUGUGAAAGGGGGAGAGAGAGAGGGAGUGACAUGCAGCAAAGGGCCACAGGCUGGAUUCGAACCCGGGCCGCUGCGACAACAGCCUUGUACAUGGGGCACCUGCUCUACCACUAAGCCACCGACGCCCCUGACUGUAGUGGUUUUUAACGCUAUCUGUGUGUGUCAAAAGGGUCAGCCAGCUUCUCAAGAUGGAAAAAAAGUGAUGACAAACAAGAUAGCUUUUCAUUUAAAGCCCAAGUCUUACGAAUUAUUAAUAAUUCAUGUGAGUGAUACCAAGUGGCAUUAUUUAUUUGACACUACCAUGUCUUCUGCUUCAUUCUGUGUGACAAAUACAGGAAUUUAAAU